AUGGAACCAGAGUACCAAAAAAGGAAAACUACCACUCUCAAAGCCUCUUCCAUAUACAACUUUUCUAUUUCCGCAAACUCCUUCGAGGAAUCUAUCUCUUCGGGGCAACCAUCUGGCUCCUCAUCCUUCACAUGGGAAUGUGCUCGGAGGAAAGAGGUUUACAUACCCUUCGUCAGGAGAAUGGGCAGAGGAUGGCGCAAGGUGAAACUCGUCGUCUUCCUCGUGCUUAUUGAUGUCAGUCUUGUUUGGCGUAUUCUGUCCAAUACUCUUCCUACGAUAAAAGUACCCAGUUAUUCCCUUUUUUGGCCCAGAGGCCGCGGCUCGUGCAAGGGCUUAAUUACCGCUGGCUUUCUUUAUUGUCAGGCCUUCAUCAUUUUCCAUCCAGAACUGACAUUAACCCUCUUAUCAGUUUCAUUGUUCGUUCGUCGUAAAGUUUCUCCCAAAUUCCGGCGAGUAACAUAUUGA